CUUCAAAAGAUAGCAGUUCGAAUCAAGACUCAAGAUCCAGAUGACGAGAGUUAAUGUGCUCUUAACGCUGGCGGCGUGCGUCCUCGUCACGACCUGCGCCUUGGCCGCGAGCGACGACAGCACGAUCGGCGGCGGCGCCAUCGACCCGGCGUACGGGCCCAUCGACGCUGUCUACACGUGGGUGAAUGGCAGCGACCCGGCGUGGCGAAUAGCCAAGGCGCAGUGGCACCACCAGUGGCUCAACGCGCUCCACGGCGGGCCAAUGAAGGCCAGCCCGACCGCCAAGGAUGCGGCGUCAACCGACAACCGCUACCGCGACAACGACGAGCUCCGGUACUCGAUUCGAUCGCUGUACCAGUACGCGCCGUGGAUCCGGCAUAUCUACAUUGUCACGUACGACCAGGUGCCGACAUGGCUCGACAUGGCCAACCCGCACGUGACCAUCGUGCCACACAGCACGUUUUUUGCCAACGCGUCGCACUUGCCGACGUUUUCGUCGCCAGCGAUCGAGGCGAACUUGGAUCGCAUUCCCGGCCUCUCCGAAUACUUUCUCUACUUUAACGACGAGAUGUUCCUCGGUGCGCCCGUGACGCCCGAGGAUUUCAUGGGUCGCGAUGGCACUCAAAACGUAUACCCGGCGUGGGAAAUCCCGUACUGCAACCACAUGUGCGGCAACUGGUUGCUUGGGAAUGGCGUGUGCGACCGCGCCUGCAACACGGAAAGCUGCGCCUUCGAUCACGGUGACUGCACCUGCACCAAUGCUGAGAUGCCCGUGGUCGCCAACGACUGGAAAGAGAGUUGUCAGUUACCAGAACGACAAUCAACGACAACAGCAAAUGUCUGUGCGCCGGGCUGCGACUGGAACUUGCUCGGCGACGGCCAGUGCCAAGCCCACUGCAACUUUGCCGAGUGCGCGUUUGACGCUGGUGAUUGCGGCGACAAGACUGCGGUCGGGCUUCUGCCCCACGCACGUCUCGACGCGUCUGUGGCCGACGCAGCCGUGCUUGUGGACCCAUCGAGCUUUGUGCUCGUGCUGGACGACGUCACCGCUGCUGCUCUUGAUGCGCCCAGUGCGCUCGUUCUGCACACGGCGAUCUCCCAGUCCAAGCUCUUUGUCUUCUUUGCGGUGAAUAGCUCCGAGACGACUGCCGUCAAGGUCACAUUGGCCAACGGGUCAACCGUGCGACUGCAGCUGGUGCCACACGGUAUCGCUCUCAAUGGCACGGGCUACGCCGUAGGGCUGCCGCCGCCGUCUCUCGGCGCCGCUGCGAGCGUCUCACCAGCGUUUGAACCGACGCAGCUGGCGGCGACGAUCUACAUUCCGUUCGCGUUGUUGCCCGACUGGACGAGCGAGACAGCGUUUCGCGUCAACGACGGCGCGGCCGUGACAUGCCCGGUAGUCGACGCCGCAUCACUAAUCGAUGUCGGCAGCGAUAGCUACUGCGCCCUCAACACGACGGGGGUGUUGCUGCACGCUCGACCUGGUGCGGUGGCCAACGCACGCGUCUGCUUCACGAAUGGCGGCAAGAGUGGCUGCAUCGAGUACAGCAGCGUGACGGUCGUCGCACCGACGGUGGUCGAUACAAAGUAUCUCUUGCCAAAAACCAAGCACGAGUGCCACUGGUGGGAGUGGUGCAACGCGACGUACCCGACGCUCGCCGACCGCUGCACAACCCCUAGCACGAAAAACCUCACGGCGAGAGAUCCCGCGGGUGCGGAGGCCAAGGCGAUGACGCUCUGCACUCGUUUCGGCGCGGACCUCGUUCACGGCCCGUUCACGGCCGACGCGACGCAGCCGCUCUUUGAAAAGAUGUGCCGCAUCAUGAACACGACGGACGAGGACCCGUUCUGGCUCCACGGAUGUUCGCAGCCGAUUGUGAUGCUGCCCGUCGACGACGCGGCAAAAUCAUCGAUGGACGCGUUUGGCUACUCGCUCAUGUUCGUCAACAAGAUCUAUGACCAAGUGUUCGGUAAAGCAUCGCUGCCGCGCCGCGUGCCGUCGCACACGCCCUAUUUCAUCCAGAAGCGAUUUCUCACCGAGCUCAAAGCCCACUGGCCGGCCGAGUUCAACGCGACGUCGUCGCACCGCUUCCGGCACCCGAAAGACAUGCAGUUUAGCUUCUCGUACAUGCACUACGUCAUGAACCGCCAUCUGCUGCACCCGCCGUCAUCGACCCGCGAAGUCUUUGCGAACCUUAUCGACAUCAACCAGAACGGCCGCCUCGACGAUUUCGAAGAACCCAACGUUCUGGCGAUCGUGCCCGAGGCGUCGCACGCACCGGUUCGCACACUGCUUGAUGCGUGCCGGCGCGCCGCGAACGACUCGUCGUCGCUGACGCUCGCCGACAUAACGGCGCACUGUCCCGGCCUGGAGCGGCGGCUGAGCCAAACCAACAGAUCGCGGCCCACCCAUCAUCUCAUGACCGAAGAGCAAGUGACGUUUCUCAUGCUCGCAGAGUCCAGGGGCGCGUACGGACAGCUGCACCGCGCCUGGUCACGCCCCACGAAAUUCGUGUGCGUGAACGAUGACAUGCACAACCCGACGCCCGCGUUUCACAAGAUGCUGCAAAUUUUCCUGCAGCUGCGCUGGAGCACACCGUCGCCAAUGGAGCUGACGGCCGAUGCUAGCAAUGAUACUACCGUCAGCCAUGCCAGGCCGUGGGUCAAGCCGCACUGGGCCGAGCCGCGCUUCAAGGCGAUGCGGCAGCUCAGCCACGAUGUCGAGUGGGGCGCGCUCUGGUCGUACCAGCUGCUUGUUGUCAUGGUGUCGAGCGGCACCUUGUUUUAUUUGAGCAUGUACCAGCGAUGGCGGUCGUCGAGUCGCGCCAAGAGCCUCGACAAGAAACUUUCCGAGUGAUCUGGAGCGUCGUUUAUUAGCUCAAACGUACUAGUACUAUCGCGUUGCAAUAGAAAUACAUUGUCUGGUGUCGUC